GGUUUAAUGGUAUUCUUGUGCGAGCCAUCGUCCACUGUAUAUCCCAUUCGGGUACUGGAUGGACUGGUGACGGUACUGGUUUUGUCUGUGCUACUGUUGUACGCGUCGGUCAGACUAUCGUUUACGUGUGUGGUUUUCUUUUGAUCUCGUCAUGUUAGUUAAUAGGAACUCAAAUCUCAUCUGUACAAUACCAUUCAUACUAACCUUCCAUCUGGUCCAAUCGACGACUCUCAAAGAUGUAUUCUCUUCGCUGCCCCAGUCAACUCAAAACAUUGAACUGGACAUCGUGCGUGUACCUCGCAAGGCUGAAGUUAAUCCUGAGGAUGGAGCCACUUUUACAGAACACAUAGAGAUUCCAGUAGAUGAAAGUGAAUCCACUAUCAUUCGGAAAGCAAGAGAUAGUAGUAAAUAUUAUUCCGACAGAUUCGGUGCGAGUACGAAAACGAAUGUGAGAUCACUGAAACCUGAAGAUAACACGGACGAUGGGCGAAACGUUAAGGGAAACGGAUCGCUGGAGAAAAGGUGCACGACGUGCGAUACUGGAUAUUUGAGGUCGUCGACUUACGGGGGAGGUGAUAGAUAUCGCGAUAGAUACGACAAAUAUUAUGAGAGGGACCCUUACAGCAGAUAUGAGAAGUACGACCCAUAUGAAAGAUACGAUAGAUACGAAAGGGAGAGGUAUCCAUAUGACAGAUACGACGACUAUGAUAGAGAUUCAUACAGGGACAACAGAGGUAGAAACCGAUAUUCCUCAUACGUUGAUCGCUACGAGCCCAGGGAACGGUACUACGAUAGAGGCUUAGGAUAUGACAAUAGAGGGUACGAUUAUAGGGAUUAUGGCGAUUAUAGAAAUAGUUACAGCCCUUAUUCUAGGGAAAGGCACGAUGGUUACUAUAGUCCAUCUGAAGAUUUGUAUAGCCGCGGAGGUGGUGGAUAUGAUAGCGUAAGCAGAUCAAACUACGGAAGACCCGAAUACGGAAAUGGAGGAUACUAUGGAUAUGCACGAGGUUAUAGUUAUGGGGGAGACAGAGAUAGGUACGGAGUUGGUUAUGGAUCCUACCGGGCCAAAAAUCCCUACGACUACGAUAAUGGUUACAGGCCUACAAGUUACCUCUACGACAGGCCAUCGUCAACAACCACAGAUAUGCCAAAACUUUCUGACAGUGACAUGAACACACCUAGUCCUUCUCAGAGCAGUUCAUCUGGCAGAAGCUAAUAAAGCAUAGAAUUUAAGAAAAAAUGCAUAUUGUUCUAAUUGAAACUAUAAAUAUGAUCAAAUUAAAUUUUAGUUAAAAAAGC